AUGUCUUACCGGGAUGGGAGGGAUCAGUGGCUGAUUCACGUGUCCUUCGUGAUGCCGUUUCUCGUCCAAAUGGGCUCAAAGUCCCCAAAGCCGUUAAAGGGAUGUUAUUACUUGUGCGAUAAUGGUUAUGCCAAUAGUGAAGGAUUUCUAACCCCUUUCAAAGGAGUUAGGUAUCAUCUUAAGGAGUGGGGGCCACAAAAUCAGAGGCCGACUAGUCCCCGCGAACUCUACAACAUGCGACACACGAUGGCACGGAACGUGAUCGAGCGUGCAAUUGCAGUAUUGAAGAUGCGGUGGGGUAUAUUGCGUAGUGCUAGCGUCUAUCCCAUUCAAACUCAGUCACGACUCAUUAUGGCAUGCUUUCUACUGCACAAUUUCAUUCGAGGCGAGAUGCGCGACGACCCCAUCGAGCAAGAAAUGGACUCCGAUGGAGUAGGGGGGCAGCCUGCGGACGGGAAUGAGCAGGACGAGGCCGACUAUGUGGAUACAAUCGAAUCUACACCAGCUUGGAACCAAAAGCGCCAAGACCUAGCUGACUUUAUGUGGCAGCAUCAGUAG